AUGACUUCCUGUUAUGUUGUUCAUGAGGCUCCUGUACGAAGAGUUGCUAUCUUUGGAGGGACUCAUGGCAAUGAGUUAUCAGGGGUAUUUUUGGUCAAGCAUUGGCAAGAGAAUGGAGCUGAGAUUCAAAGAACAGGGCUGGAAGUGAGACCAUUUAUUACCAACCCAAGCGCUGUGAAGAAAUGUACUAGAUAUAUUGACUGUGACCUGAACCGAGUUUUUGACCCUGAUAAUCUUGGCAGGCAAAUCACAGAAGAUAUUCCAUAUGAAGUGAGAAGGGCUCAGGAAAUCAACCAUAUAUUUGGUCCAAAAGAUAGUAAUGAUGCCUAUGACCUUAUUUUUGACCUUCACAACACAACUUCUAACAUGGGUGGCACUCUCAUUCUUGAAAACUCCAGGAAUAACUUUACAAUCCAGAUGUUUCAUUAUAUUAAGAAUGCUUUGGCCCCAGAAUGCUGUCCUGUUUUCCUGACUGAACAUCCUAACUUGAAAUAUGCAACAACUCGAUCUAUAGCAAAACACCCUGUUGGUGUGGAAGUUGGGCCUCAGCCCCAAGGAGUUCUUAGAGCUGAUAUUUUGGACAAAAUGAGAAAGAUUAUCAAACAUGGCCUCGAUUUUGUGCACAUUUUUAAUGAAGGAAAGGAAUUUCCACCAUGUACAAUUGAAAUUUACAAAAUAAUGGAAAAAGUAGAUUAUCCCAGGAAUAAAAAUGGUGAAAUUACUGCUGUUAUUCACCCUAGCCUGCAGGAUCAAGACUGGCAACCACUGAACAAUGGGGAGCCUAUAUUUUUAACUAUUGAUGGAGAGACCAUUAAUUAUGAAGGGGAUUCUACAGUAUACCCAACAUUUGUGAAUGAGGCUGCAUAUUAUGAAAAGAAACAAGCUUUUGUAAAAACAGUCAAAGUAAAACUUACUGCAAAAGGUAUCAGAUCCUCUUUGUCUUAG